GGUCAGUCCUCAGAACCAACAUGGGGACCAGAGGACUUCAAUCCACAUUAUGGCUCAUCUACCUGAUACUGCUGGUUGGCUCACUCACUCAGACCGUGACCUUCAUUCCUUCUCUAAACAAAGUGAGCCUGAAUUCAGCUAAUUCAUCCCACAUCGACCGAGUUUGCACGACUUGGGGACACUAUCACUGGAAAACCUUUGAUGGAGACUUCUUCCAGCUUGCCUCCACCUGUAACCAUGUUCUGACCUGGCAGUGCAAGGGCAACUAUGAAAAUUUUAACAUCCAGAUGAGGCGCAAGACAAUCAACAACAUCCCCACCAUCAGCAACAUUGUCAUGAUCCUGGACGGCUCUGUGGUGGAGCUCUCUGGCAGCUCAGUGGUUGUCAAUGGCAAAACGGUGUCUCUGCCAUUUGUUGCAUUUGGGGUGACCAUCAAGGGGACCACAUCUGGUAUCAGUGUCAAUGCUAAGCUGGGAAUCAGAGCUGUCUGGAACAUGGACGACUCUCUGGAUGUAUGAAACAUAUGCUCACACAUGCACAUACAUCUGUGUUUUUUUAAUGUUCACGUGUAUUUUUAUGGGGUUUUUAAACACACUGACAAAGUUACAACUCUGCCGUAAACAACUCAGGAACAGGAUCUAAUGCUAUCUGAUAACUGCUUAAGCCUGUUUCUUAGGCAGUUGUUAUGUAUGCAUGUGUGUACAAAGAAAACAUACUCAGUCUUGAGCCGUUUUACUUGUUCAAAGAAUAAGGCUGAUGUUAGUUAUCACAAAAAGACUAAAACCAACAAUGAAUCUAUGUUUAUAACUAAUAUUGUUUGUGUGACACAGUCUGAUAGCACUAAUUUCUGUUUGCCACAGAACUCUACUGUUGUUAAAAAAGCAUUUAAAAUCAUAUUUAGGAGCCACAUUGUUGCAUUCAGGUGUCACAUUUGCUAAGUGUAAUUUGUCCCACUCAGCUCAUCAAACUUACAAAUUAAGUUGAUAAAGGUAGGCAAGAAGAUUAGCUGUGUGCAGCUAUCCAUGCAUUUUUAAUAGAAGAGUCUGAAUGAAGAGCAAAUGUAAUUGCCACUGAUACCUAUCAAGCUUUACUGUAAAUAAAGACUUGGAGCUACUCCCUUUAGAGUGGUGGUAUCAAGUCCUCAGGGCCUAGAGCAAUAACAUUUAUACAUUCCUUUCUACUAUGAGCAGUUAAAUAAAAUAUUUUCUCAUUGCAAAAUUAUCCCCCUCCCCAGCCCCCUGACCUAACUUAAAAAUCUUAUUGAGAUCUGUUUUGAGGUAGACAAACUAGACAAAAAAAAACUUCAUGGCUGAGCUAACAGGGAAAGUACCUGACAAAUACUGAUGAAGGCUGACUACACAAAAGCAGUGAGUCACUGGGUGAGUUUGAGGGAUAUGUCCUGGAGUGAUAAGCAAACAAUAUGAAUAAGCCAAGCCUGAAAACCGCAGUGUAAAUGGAGCUGCUUUAAAUAAACAUGUGCCUGAAUGCA